UUUUGUUGAACAUGCAGACUUCCAGGCCGUCUUGGGAUCCAGCUGUCAGAGCCUCCAGGAGCCAGAAAUCCAGAAUUGAACACAAGGUCUCCAGAAGGUUCGCCUGCGGGCUGUUUUGAGAUCUCUUGAAAGAAGCCGAAACAAACACAGACUUGAAGAUGCAUCUCAGGGCUGGCCUCCUGAGGACCUUGGAAUCACAGGUUGUUAAGGAUAAAAUGGAUAUUAGCAAGUGUCUAACCUGAAACUGACUAGAUAGAACCUGUAGGCCUUGAACUGCAGUGAUCCUCCUGCCUCCACCUUGGAUAAAUGGGCUUGUUCACCACGCCUGGAUAGUGUUUGAGGAUAGAUUUGCGUUUGUUUUCUGCUACAAAAAUCAAAGCAGAUAGCUCGGCUCUGCAUAACUCAGUCUGGCUCGACCAUGGUUUGAGGCAGUUACAGAGGCGGCGCAGCUUCCCAGCCUGGGCAGUGAGCUUUUUCCAAGAACUGGGUUAAUCCAUCUGGGUCUUGGCUCGGGCCCUCACUUUUGCCCUUUCAAAUUCCCUGUCUCUUUGGAGAGGUGGACAGUCCACUUUCUGAACGCGCUGCAGCUGGGGCUCCCUUUGCUUCAGCAGCGAUUUAACCUUAAAAUCUGUGACAGAUGAAAUUGAUAGGCUCACCAAGAAAGCGCGGUUUUGACAGGCCGCAGACUCGCGGUGCCCCUGGUGGCGAAAGGCUGCGUUGCGCCACAGUUAAGGUAGCUUGUGAGAGUCCUGUUUAGAACCGCAAAGCCAGCUCCCUAGCAGCUUAGCUUUGAACACGCUGAGGAACUGCAAUGUGUAUUUCACAGCUCGUAGCGGGUCGGUUUACCUCAGUCCUCUGUGCAGUGAGUGCAGCCAGGUGGUAGCGCUCAGCAUCCCCAUCGUGUUUAAUUGCUACAAUUUGUCAUUGCCGUUUGUGUUACAAUCAUGAAUUAAGAAAUGGAUUCAGUUCUUUGGACUUCUCACAGUUUGGAAUCGACGCUCAGUGCCUUACCUGACCGAUCAGGGAAUUAAAACCUGGUGGAAAGUGUUCUUCUUUCUUGCGAUGGUGGUAAUGGUUAUGGUCAAGAUGGUGUGUGUGUGUGUGUGUGUGUGUGUGUGUGUGUGUGUGUGUGUGUGUGAGAGAGAGAGAGAGAGAGAGAGAGAGAGAGAGAGAGAGAGAGAGAGAGAGAGAGAGAGGAGAGACAGAGACAGACAGAGACAGACAGAGACAGUGACAGAGACAGAAGGAGAGCCAGGGACAGAGGAGUCCGCGUGUGCCUGCGCGCGGUCUGCGUCUAAGUUUCUAAAGUCUCGCAUUAAAUUCUCAGGACCCCCUCCCUUCGCUAUACCCCCAGAGGUGAUCAGGACUCAAAGACGCGAAGCCUGAAAAUUAAAGUGACUUUCGAACUCUCUCUAAUGCAAAGAUGGGGGAUAAGUGAGAAUUAAUAAAAGUGCCCCCCCAAACAAAAAGGGGGCGGGGGAAGCGAACAAAAAGGCUGGUGGCUGAGCCGGAUGCAGGCAGCUGGCCCUAAGCCCUGCCCGCUGGCUCUGAGCGCGAGCUGAGGUUCGGUAUCCCAGCCUCCUGAAGAGUGGGAGGAGCUGGGCCUGUGUCAGGCUCCCUAAGCCGUUCCUUUCAAGCCUUGAAUGCCUGAAUGUGAGCUGCCCACCGCCCUCCCCCCACUCUGCAACCCCACUCCAGCGGCUCGUAAAAAAAAAAAAAAAAAAAAAGUUUCAACAACAACAGGCUGGACCAAUAGCAGCGCGCAAAGCCCGGGAAGGGGGCCGAGCAAAGGGCGCCGGAGAGUGGAGAAAGGAGAAAGCGGGCAAGCCUGGAGCGCGCGGGGCCGGGGCUCGGCGAGCCGAAGGAGCGUUGCUAAUGUUUUUGUUUGUUUGCUUUUCUAUGCAUGCAUAAUGAGGGGGCGCCGCGGCACCACACGGGGGCUCCAGGCCCAUUUUUGUAUUUAAAGCCUCGCGGCGAGCAAGUCGGAAGCCGGGCUCCGCGGAUCCGCUCCCCAGGCUCCAGGUCCCAGAGCCGAGCCGCGCGCUCCGAGUUUCGGGGUCCUCCCAGCGCCCGGCGCCCAGAGCUUCCCGGAGCGUGGCCCAGGCCGGGGCGGAGGGGGAGGGGACCCGGCGGCCUGGCCGCGGGAAGGCGGGAUGCGAGAGUUGCGAAGUGCUACGCGCCGCUGAGCCGGGGACCGAGGACUCGCCAGCUGCACGAUCGUCUGCAGGCGCCGAGCACCAUGCACCCCCGGCGCCGAGCGCUCCUGCAGCCUCGUCGCGGCCCUCCGGGGCGGCGUUGAGCACCUCCAGCCGCCGACCAGAGCCGGACCUGCGUCGCCGCGCCUCUCAGGGAGCCCUGGCCGCACUGCCGGAGCGAACACCCGCCUUUACCAGCUGCCGGGCCGCGGGCAUGGAUGGAUGAGGACGCCCAUGCCAGAAGUGAGCGGGACUCGGACAAACUUUUCCAGCGGCCCCACUGACGCCGCCCGCGCCUCAUCUCCGCUCUGCACCGUGUCCGGCGGCCGCUGCUGCCCGCGAUGCUAGCCGCGCUGCUGGGCGGCGGCGGGGCCCGCACGGGGACCGUUCCGGGCGCCUUGCUGUGCCUGGUGGCGCUGCUGCAACUGCUGGGCUCGGCGCCGCGGGGCUCGGGGCUGGCGCACGGCCGCCGCCUCAUCUGCUGGCAGGCGCUGCUGCAGUGCCAGGGCGAGCCCGACUGCAGCUACGCCUACAGCCAGUACGCCGAGGCGUGCGCGCCGGUGCUGGCGCAGCGCGGCGGGGCUGACACUCCGGGGCCCGCCGGCGCCUUCCCCGCUUCGGCCGCGUCCUUCUCGCCGCGCUGGCGCUGCCCGAGCCACUGCAUCUCGGCGCUCAUCCAGCUCAACCACACGCGCCGCGGGCCCGCGCUGGAAGACUGCGACUGCGCGCAGGACGAACACUGCAGGUCCACCAAGCGCGCCAUCGAGCCCUGCCUGCCUCGCACCAGCGGCGUGGGCCCAGGCGCGGGAGCGGGCUCGGUCAUGGGCUGCACUGAGGCCCGGCGGCGCUGCGACCGCGACAGUCGCUGCAACCUGGCGCUCAGCCGCUACCUGGCCUACUGCGGCAAGCUUUUCAACGGACUGCGCUGCACCGACGAGUGCCGCGCGGUCAUCGAGGACAUGCUGGCCGUGCCCAAGGCGGCGCUGCUCAAUGACUGCGUGUGCGAUGGGCUGGAGCGGCCCAUCUGCGAGUCGGUCAAGGAGAACAUGGCCCGCCUGUGCUUCGGCCCAGACGCGGGCAACGGUCCCGGCAGCAGUGGCUCGGAUGGGGGCCUGGACGACUACUACGACGAAGACUAUGACGAGGAGCAGCGCGCGGGGACGGCGGGCGGCGAGCAGCCCUUGGACGAUGACGACGGCCUCGCUCGUCCGGGCGGCGGCGCUGCUGCGGCGGGCGGCCGCGGGGACCUGCCCCACGGGCCGGGGCGCAGGAGUAGCAGCAGCGGCAGUGGAGAACACUGCGCGACCCGAGGCUCCUGGACCCGGCUUGUUUGCUUGCUGCUGCUGCUACUGCUGCUCGGGUCACACUUGUAGCCCUUGCGCCCCUGCUGCAGGCCGGUGCACGCGAUCCGGCUGGUUCCCCAGCCGGGCACCUGUGGCUCAGGGGCCGGGGAUGGUCUGGAACACUGACCACACUCUCCCUGGGUGGACAAGGGCCCAGCACAUACCCCAGCCACCAUGCCUGGCCCUCCACUGUGCGGUUUCCAGGCUGCAAAGAUAACCGACUGAUCUAUCCUACCGCCUGGAAUCUGCAGAAUUCAGGACACCCCGCAAAAAGCAACGGAGGCCUGGACUCUGCUGAACGGUGGGGGUCUUCACAGACCCAAGGGACUGGGGGAGGGGAUGUUGAAGGGAAUUAGGUUUGCAAAGGGGCCGUUUUUUGUUUUUAAACAGUUUUCCUGUGAGGGGACACAUAGUACUGGUAACGACUUUAAUUGCUUGUGGCCACUGAGAAACACAGCAAUCGUAAGUAAAUAGAAGAGUUCCUUACCGAUUCAUUCCUGUACUCUUGCGCCGGGUGUGGAGCCGGCGAUUGCCUUGUCUGGGUCCCCGAAAUUACGUCUACAUUAUAACCUUAACCCCCACCUCAGUGUCACUGCCGCCGUUCUGAUCACUGAACACCACGUUUCUUAGAAUUAAGGGUCCAAAAGCCUGGCCUAAAGAGUUACCAUGGUGUUGAACAAUGCAAGUUUUUAUCUUAAAGCUCUGUACUGCCAUCUAGGAAAACCUCUGUGUGGUAUGUGUUUUGUUGUCCUUUUUUGUUUGUUUGUUUUUUGUUUUGUUUUGACCAAGAAAUUCUAAGUUUGAAUAUGCAGAGAUUGAGUAUUGCCUCUGCCCCUAUCAGGGUCUUCCACCCUGGUACGUCGUAUAUAAACUGUAUUAAAACUGGGGUUUCUUACCAGUUGCUGUACUUUGUAUAUAGAAUUUUUAUAAAUUGUAUGCGUCAGAAAUAAUUUAUUUUUAAAAAGAAAUUAAAAAUUUUAAAUCUGCAUCAAUGUUACAUCACCCCCAUCCAGGAAAUGUAUAGAACACAUUGGUCACCAGGAACCCACUCACACAAGCCCAUUUUGAAGUGUACCCUGUGUAGAACAGUCUUAAAAAUGUACAGUGUAUUUUACAGAUUUGAAGUAACGUUCUUAUUUUCAAGAGAAUUUAUGGACAUUGUAUAAAUGCAUUUCCAAACUGCCUUAAACAUUGUAUUUUUAUAGACAUCAUUUUUAAAGUCCUGUGUUUUAAAUAACUA